AUGCUUCUCGACGGAUCUCAGUCUGCUGCUUUGAAUGGCCUCUGCUCGGGGGAUCGUAUUGAUCUGAUGGACACAAUCGAUAGUCUUCGGUCACAGGGGAUCAACCACCUUGUAUCGCUGCCACAGAUCAUUGUGUGUGGUGAUCAGUCGUCUGGCAAGAGCUCGGUUCUGGAAGCAAUCUCUGGUGUGCCUUUUCCUGUUAAGGGCAACUUGUGCACCCGCUUCCCCACAGAGCUUGUCUUGCGCAGAAGCCCUGACGUCGGCGCCACCAUCUCCAUCAUCCCGGAUCACUCUCGGAGCGCUUCGGAGAAGGCGGGCCUGGCCGGCUUCCACGAAGAGCUCAAGGACCUGGUCGGCUUUCCAGAUCUGCUCGAAGACGCUAAAUCUUCCAUGGGAAUCUCGACACAUGGAAAGUCCUUCUCUAAAGACAUCCUUCGAGUAGAGAUAUCGGGGCCUGAUCGUCCUCACUUGACGAUUGUAGACCUUCCCGGACUCAUCCAUUCGCAGACAAAGAACCAAAGCGCCUCUGAUAUAGAGCUGGUGCAGGAUGUUGUCCAGUCGUACAUGAAGCAGCCUCGGAGCAUCAUCCUCGCCGUCGUUUCAGCCAAAAACGACUUUGCCAAUCAAAUUGUUCUGAAACUGGCUCGUGCAGCCGACCCUCAAGGUGACCGUACCAUGGGAGUCAUCACAAAGCCUGACACCUUACACGCAGGAUCGACAAGCGAAACUCUCUAUGUGUCCUUGGCCCAAAAUCAGGAGGUUGAGUUCCGGCUCGGAUGGCACGUUUUGCGAAACAUGGACUCGGACUCGGAAAAAGGAAAAGGCACACUAACUCAGCGUGACGCGUUGGAGAAUGGGUUCUUCCGCGUUGGAGUCUGGGCGGAGCUUCCUAGCACCAUUCUGGGGAUCGAACAACUGCGCCGCCGUCUGAGUAAGGUUUUGCUGUCACACAUCGGCUCAGAGCUACCCAGCCUGGUAAAGGAGAUCGAAACCAAGCGCAGCGCCUCAUACGAAAGUCUUGAAAAACUAGGCCAGCCCCGAAUCACCCUGUCGGAGCAGCAGCUAUAUUUGCUGGGAGUCAGCGAAUCGUUUCAAAAACUUGUUACAAGUGCCGUCAACGCAAAUUGCAACGACCGCUUCUUCCAAAAUGUGGACACGGACCACGGCUACCAGCAACGAAUUCGCGCAGUCGUGCAGAAUCUGAAUACAACUUUCGCCAAUGAUCUCCUCGAGAAAGGCCGGCUUCAUAUCAUCAACGAUGGACUGGCCGAGACGCCUUCUUCCAAGGACGCUGCCCAGAUCAGUCGAAGCGAUUAUGUAGAUCGUAUAGAGGCGAAGAUGCGCAGGUCGAAGGGGCGAGAGCUGCCCGGCCUCUUUGAUCCCAUGAUUGUUGCGGAUCUCUUCCGUGAGGAGGCAGGCCCUUGGGAACAGCUCACGCGAGUUCAUGUUCGCCGCGUUUGGAGGGCAUGUAAAACGUUUCUCAAAACCGUUGUAGAACACGUUGCGGAUACUGAGACAUGCAAUGCGCUCAUGCAAAAGAUUGUCGACCCUCAGAUGGCUAAUGUCAUGGCUGUCCUCGAAGCCAAGACAGGCGAAAUUCUGAAGUCGCAUCAAACAAUCCAUCCUAUCACUUACGACAACUGCUUUGCUGAAGCCGCUCGGAUGAUUCGAGAGGACAGGAAAAAGGCUGAAUGUGCCUCGGCAGUAAAGAAGUACUUCGGCGUCUCGACUCUUGAUCCGAGAAACGUGCAUGUUGAUCUUUCAAAGCUUGUUGAUGCGAUUGUGGAAGGUAUUACCGAGCUGAAUACGAACCGCCAGACGGCCUCGGAAGCUCUGGAUUACAUGGAGUCAUACUACAAGGUUGCUUUGAACCGAUUCAUCGAUGACGUUGCAGUUGAGGCCAUCGAAGUCUGCCUGGUGUCAUCCCUGGCUAAUGUGCUGUCUCCAACUGGGGUGUACAAGAUGAGCCCCGAUCUUGUGGCUAUGAUUGCGGGCGAGUCAGAGGACAUCCAGGCUCGAAGAGACCAACUUGUCCGGCAGCUUGAUGUCCUGAGCAAAGGUGCUGAGAUAUGCAAGGGAUAUGUGGGUACGAAUUUCAGUGAUGGCGGUUCAUCCUCUUUCUCAGAUUUCGAGUCCCAUCCCGACGCCUCUGAAUACGAUACAGAUCCAGGGCAAGUGCCAACACCGGAGCCUCUUUCCGAGGCCAAGCCGGCGUUUUUUUCCACUUGGGACCAGAUUCGAAAAGAAUCGAAAACAUACAAAAGGGGCUGGUAA